AUGGUUGAUGAAGUCAUUGAAGGUCUAAAAAUUGAGAAAAAGAGGUUUUUUUUCAAAGCAGAUGAAAAAACCAGUUCAAUUCUUGAUGUGUCAUCAUCAAAAUUAUCAAAAAGUACUAGUAGUAAGAGGCUUGAGUUUUCACCAUUUAAUGAAUCAUGCGUUAUACCACAUAUGAAUUCGAUUGAUGCUUAUGGGGAAACAAGUACUAGGUCAAUUCUUAAAGGGUCAUCAUCAAGAUUGUCAAAUAAUGAUAGUAGUAACAUGGUCGAGUCUCUACCAUUUAACGACUCAUGUGUUAUAAUGCCUGGUGUUAUGAGGGUAACUUUGACGGAUCCUUAUGGAUAUAUCAAGAAAUAUAUGGAAACAAUGGUUGAAGAAAAUCAAGGGAUUAAAGAUUGGAAGGAGUCUCUUAAAGAGAUAUGUGCUUGGUAUUUGGAGAAUAAUUAUAAUGAUAAAAACAUUCAUAAGUUUAUUAUUGGUGCAUUUUGUGAUUUGUGGAUGAGCUAUUCUGGUACUUCAACAACAAAUACUCCAUUUGGAUUUAGUACUAGUGAACCUCCUAGUCCUUAUUUUAUGUCUUUGAUAGAAGCUGAGGCUGAUCAAAUUAUUGCAGCGUCGUCAACAUCCAAUGUAAUUUCAUAA